UCUCUCUCUCUCUCUCUCUCUCUCUCCCUCUCUCUCUCUCUCUCAGCAGAAGGGUUGAGAGGUCGGCACACACAAGUAGGAAGUCUUGGCUUGGAGGGAAAGAUCCGAUUUCAGGAGAUAGUGGGCUAUGGGAUCGAGGGCUGUGUCUUGGAGUCGGGAGGAGAUCGACGGAAUUGCUGGAGGUUGGAGUAGGUCGGAUGAGUUACGGCUAGGGGAAGUGGAGUUCGAUAGUGGAGAUCUAGCGCAGGAAGAGACGAACCGAAAGCCUCGCAUUGGUUCGGUAUUUAAUGACGUUGCAGAGCUACGAUCGAGGUCAUCGUUGCAGGAUUUGAGGGGAAGUGACGCGAACGGCACCGAAUCGGCGCGAUUUCGGCAAGAUUUUGAGGAUCUGAUGGUCUUGAGGUCAAUUCUUCUGACGAUCCACUACAUCAGUUGGUAUCAGAACCUGGAGCUUGUAAAGAUCGAUGGACUAUGGAAGAAGGUCGGCUAUCGACGAUGAUCGAAGCUGCAUAGUAAGAUUGGCGGUCAACGAUGAUAGACGCAAAGGAAGGUGGGCUGUCGACAAUGCUCGAAGCCGGAUCCCCUUCUAUCAAGCUCAAGCGAAGGAAUCACUCAAUUGGGUAGA